UUUUUCACAAAAGACUACUCAUUCUCUUUAAUGCAAACACCAAAAACCCACUUCAUACAAACACACGCUCUCUAAUCUUUCUAAUAAAUUUCCCCACUAUAUAUUUUUUAUUUUCUCUUCAAAAGAAGAAAAGGUGAGGUGAGAAAUAGAAUAGAGUAGAGUUACUGUAACAAAAGGCCUCACCCAACCCAAACCCAGCUGGGUUCCUUUUGUUUUUCCUACCAUUUUCUUUUUCCCCUUCCACAAUCUCUAAUUACACAAGCAUAGAAUAAAGCGCCUACUGGGGGAAAGGAACAAGAAGAAUAACACAAAAACACCCUUCAUCUAUCUUCAUUUCCUUUGCUUCCUUCCAAGCUUUUUGAGGGUUUGGGGUUGUUCUUCUGUUUUCAUCCUGCAAAUGGAGCUGGAGAACCUCAAAAUGUGGAAUGUGAUCAUGGGUUUUUUGUGUUUCUUUGGUGUUCUUUCUGUUCAAGCCUCUGUUUCUUAUGAUUCCAAGGCUAUUAUCAUUAAUGGGCACAGGAGGAUUCUCAUUUCAGGAUCUAUUCACUAUCCAAGAAGCACUUCUGAGAUGUGGCCAGAUCUUAUUCAGAAGGCUAAGGAAGGAGGCCUAGAUGUGAUUGAGACUUAUGUCUUCUGGAAUGGCCAUGAACCUGAACCUGGCAAAUACUACUUUGAAGGGAACUAUGAUCUGGUUAGGUUUGUAAAGCUGGUGCAUCAAGCUGGGCUUUAUGUUCAUCUCAGGAUUGGUCCUUAUGUUUGUGCUGAAUGGAACUUUGGUGGGUUUCCUGUUUGGCUGAAGUACAUUCCUGGUAUCAGCUUCAGGACGGAUAAUGCCCCUUUCAAGUUCCAAAUGGAAAGAUUUACCAGGAAAAUAGUGAAUAUGAUGAAAGCAGAGAGGUUAUAUGAAUCUCAAGGUGGUCCUAUAAUUUUAUCUCAGAUUGAGAAUGAAUAUGGACCUAUGGAAUAUGAACUUGGUGCACCAGGAAAAGCGUACUCAAAAUGGGCCGCACAAAUGGCUUUGGGACUUGGUACUGGUGUCCCAUGGGUCAUGUGCAAGCAAGAUGAUGCCCCAGAUCCUAUUAUUAACACCUGCAAUGGUUUCUAUUGUGAUUAUUUCUCUCCAAACAAAGCUUACAAACCCAAGAUGUGGACUGAAGCAUGGACUGGAUGGUUUACUCAGUUUGGAGGUGCGGUUCCUCAUAGACCAGCUGAAGACAUGGCCUUUGCUGUUGCAAGGUUCAUUCAGAAGGGAGGAGCAUUAAUUAACUACUACAUGUAUCAUGGUGGAACGAAUUUUGGACGAACUGCUGGUGGUCCCUUCAUCGCUACUUCUUAUGAUUAUGAUGCUCCUAUUGAUGAAUACGGCUUAUUGAGGCAACCUAAAUGGGGUCAUCUAAAAGAUCUGAAUCGAGCAAUUAAACUUUGUGAGCCAGCUCUUGUAUCUGGAGAUCCAAUUGUGACACGACUCGGGAAUUAUCAAGAGGCCCAUGUAUUCAAAUCAAAAUCUGGUGCUUGUGCUGCGUUCCUCUCGAAUUACAACCCAAGAUCGUAUGCCACGGUGGCUUUUGGUAACAUGCACUACAACAUUCCGCCUUGGUCUAUUAGCAUUCUUCCAGACUGUAAAAAUACAGUUUUCAAUACUGCAAGGGUCGGUGCCCAAACUGCGAUAAUGAAGAUGUCCCCUGUUCCAAUGCAUGAAAGUUUCUCAUGGCAAGCAUACAAUGAAGAGCCAGCCUCUUACAAUGAGAAAGCAUUUACUACAGUGGGGUUGCUGGAACAGAUAAAUACUACAAGAGAUGCUACUGAUUACUUGUGGUACACCACAGAUGUACACAUUGAUGCUAAUGAAGGAUUUUUGAGGAGUGGGAAGUAUCCUGUUCUUACAGUCUUGUCAGCGGGCCAUGCUAUGCACGUUUUUGUCAAUGGUCAACUAGCAGGAACUGCUUAUGGAAGUUUAGACUUCCCAAAGCUAACAUUUAGCAGGGGGGUGAACUUAAGGGCAGGGAACAACAAAAUUGCACUUCUAAGUAUCGCUGUCGGUCUCCCGAAUGUGGGUCCACAUUUUGAAAUGUGGAAUGCGGGCAUUCUUGGCCCAGUUAAUCUGAAUGGUCUCGAUGAGGGCAGAAGGGACUUGACCUGGCAGAAAUGGACUUAUAAGAUUGGUUUGGAUGGAGAAGCAAUGAGUCUUCAUUCCCUCAGUGGAAGUUCAUCUGUCGAAUGGAUUCAGGGAUCUCUCGUCGCUCAGAAGCAACCACUGACAUGGUUUAAGACUACUUUCAAUGCCCCUGCUGGAAAUUCGCCCUUAGCAUUAGAUAUGGGUAGUAUGGGGAAAGGGCAAAUAUGGUUAAAUGGUCAGAGCCUCGGACGCUACUGGCCUGCUUACAAAUCAACUGGUUCUUGUGGUUCCUGUGAUUAUACUGGUACAUACAACGAGAAGAAGUGCUCAAGUAACUGCGGCGAAGCGUCUCAGAGAUGGUACCAUGUUCCCCGUUCUUGGUUAAAUCCGACAGGAAAUCUGUUGGUUGUGUUUGAAGAAUGGGGUGGAGACCCGAAUGGAAUUCAUCUAGUUAGAAGAGAUGUAGAUAGCGUAUGUGUCAAUAUCAACGAAUGGCAACCAACCCUUAUGAACUGGCAAAUGCAAUCCUCAGGAAAAGUGAACAAGCCCCUAAGGCCAAAAGCUCACCUGUCGUGUGGCCCAGGCCAAAAGAUUUCAUCGGUCAAGUUCGCAAGCUUUGGAACCCCAGAAGGUGAAUGUGGAAGUUUCAGAGAGGGAAGCUGCCACGCCCAUCAUUCAUACGACGCUUUCCAAAGGACCUGCGUCGGACAGAACUUCUGCACUGUAACAGUAGCGCCAGAGAUGUUUGGAGGCGACCCAUGUCCAAACGUGAUGAAGAAACUCUCAGUCGAAGUCAUCUGCAGCUAAUGGAUAUAUGGAAGUUCAGUUAAAUGUUGAAGUGAUAGUUUUUUUUUGGUUAAAGUUGAAAGUGAAGAAUCCAUGAAAGCAAACACAAACUCAUUCAUUUUGGCCAUUCUCCAUUGGUGAAGUUGUACAAAAUAUACGACAGACUGAUGGAAGAAAAGGUCUUGAUCAGAUUGGGAAAUAUUUGAUGUGGGGAUUUAUGUGUAAAUAGUUAGCUGUUUUUGAUUGGCAUUCUCACCAAUCACACAAUAUUAUUAUUAUAGAAAAGUUAAGGAAUGAAAUUAUUGGAGGUUUGUUUGGGUCAUGGAAGCACAUUGAGGUUAUAAUUAUUGAAUCCAUGUGCUUCUGUUGUUUACUUUUUCCUAAGUUGUUGAAAGACAAUGGAAGCUUCUUGCUUCUAGUGAACUGUAUUCUCUAAUAAUUUUUAACUUCAUGGGAAGCAAUUGUUUGUAAAGCUCUCUCUCUCUCUCUCUUUUAUGUACUCUUUUCACUUUUAA